AUGUUAUUGUGGUUAAAUGGAAUGACCAAUACAUCUAUUAAACAUCCUAUGGAAACCAUGAUGGAUGAAUACCAUAUUAAUCCAACAAAUAUCAUACCACUAUUGGCAGAAGAUGAAUUUUUCAUAUAAGCUAAAAAUCUCAAUCCAAAAGUGAUAGACUUCAUUAGAGUACAUUAAAAAAGCAUUGCAACAUAACUCUUAGAUUUAAUAGUAUAAUAAAUAGACCAUGUUACAGAAACAAAUCAUGAUCAUGUUGUCAUAUUUCCAAUUUUAUCAAUUGAAUUUUUUGAACUUGAUCUUCCACCCUUAACUUAAAUGAUUCUCUAAGAAGUAUAAUAUUAAUUCUUAUACUUCUUAGACCGCCAUUAAAACUCUCUUUGAUGUAUUACAAAAAACUCCAGAUCAAAUCCACGAACCUUAAUGGUCAAACAUAUAAAGAUUAUUUGCUCUUAUCUUAUCUAAAGAACCUAAAUUAGUUUGUUAAACUAUAUUUAAAUUUGAUUUACUCAAAUUAUUUUUGAAUCAUCUUGAAUCAGCCACUGUUAAUAGUAUACUUAUUCAGUUAUUUAAUCCUGAAAAUGGUAAUAAUGAGGAUAAAAAAUUGGAAGUACUUGAAUUAGGAUUUCGUGGUUUUGAUGUAAUGGAAGAAAUGAGUGUACUUAAUUUUACUUAUUUAAUUCAUGAAAUAAUGACCAGAUAUUUUUCAAAUGAUUUAUGUCAUAAACUUGUAAAAUUCAUUGUAAGUAAAUAAAUUAUUCAGUAAAUGUUUAAAUGUUUAAGAGAAAAUCAUGAUAAAUUAUUCUUUGCUAAAAGUUCAGCUCAUAUAUUAUCAUUAAUUUCCAACUAUUAUUCUUAUUAAAUGCAAAAUAUAAAUAUUUAUGAAGAUAAUAUAACUAAAAAAGUUAUUGAUGAAAAUCCAGAAAUUGCUUAUCAUCAAUAAUUAACUCUUGAUUUUGAAUAAACUGACUUUAUGAAAACUUUUACUCAAGAAAUGAACCUAUUUGUAGAAUCAUUUAAUCAAAUCUUAGAAAAUGAUAAUAAAAGACUCAGAACCCUAAGACUUAAAUUACUGGAAAUCUUUGAUAAUUUAACAAGAAUUUCUAAUAUAAAAUUAUGGAAAUAAAUGAAUUAAUUAAAGUUAUUCAAUCAAAUUGUCUAAAUCUACUUUAAAUAUAAAAAUUCUGAUAUUUUUCACUCAAUCUUUGAGAAAUUAUUAUUAUACAUUCUCAAUAGAGCAAUUAGUGAUUUUCAUCCUUUUUGGUGUAAAGUAAUCAUUGAAGAUAUCAAUAUUUAUACAAUAAUUUCAGAAAAUAUAUCCUCUAAAAAUAAUAUACCAGGUUAUAUAUAUUUGUUAGCCAAUCAUUUAACAUGGUUUUAAAAAGAAUUAAAUGAUAAAUUAGUUAUUGAUGGAUCUCUAGCUAAAUAUUAUAAACAAUUAAAAUCCAUAGAAGAAGUCAUAUUACUUAAUGAUUAAUGGAGAAGAGCAAGUCCAAUAUUCAAUAUCACAUUCUAAAAGAAUUCUGUUUAAUUAGGAUCAUCUUAACCAAGUAGUACAUAAAAUAUCCCUGUCUCAUCAGAACCUAUAAUACAUAAUGGUAAUGAUCAACAAUUAAAUAAUGCUAAUGCUUAAUGUCUAUUUAAUAAAGUGAAAAAUAAUUAACCUAAUAUUGCCAGCAUUUCUGGAGAUGAACCACCUGAAUUUGAAAGUCCAGAUAAAUAUGAAGAAAAUGUAUAGAAUACUUAAUCUGAUGAAUAUUAAUAUGAACCUAGAAAAUCACCUGAAAAAUUCAAUGUUUAAAUAUCACCAAAAAAAGAUGAAUUUGUUGAAGUAUCUAUUGAUUCAUCUCAAACAAUUGUCUCCUCUAACUAAGAAUAAUUAAAAGAAACAGAUAAUAAAAAUGUUGAGGAAGUUUAUAUGGAACCUAAUUCACCAACCAAACCUUAAUAGAUAGAAUCAUAAGAUGUUAAAAAUCAACGCACACCAAUAUUAUCAAAUAGUGUAGAAUUCACACCAGAAAGAAAGUAUAAUGACAAGAAAAACGAAAUGAUGUCAGUUAGUUUACAAGAUUUUGUUAGACCUAUUUAUCAAAAUAAAUCCUCUAAUGACAACUUAUCGGAAUUAGAAAAUAUGCAAAAAUUAACUAGUCCCAAUAAAAAAGUAUAAGAUAUAAUUAAAAAAUAUUCAAAUUUGUCUAAGUCUGUUACAUUUGGUUAAGCUAACUUGGGAAAUAAAACUUAAUCUGAUAAUUUAUCAUUAGCAAGGAAAAAAUCAAUGGAAUCUUCUUUAAAACUUAAACAAUUAGAUUAAGGUUAAAAUGAGUAAUUCAAGAUUCUCAAGACAAAUAAAGAAGACACUAAAAUAUUAACAAAUGAUAACAAACGAAUUUUGAUGGUUGAUGAAUUAGAUAAAGAAUAAGAUGUUAGUUCUAUGAGAAAUAGUUUAGUUAAUCUUAUCAAUAUGAGUUUUUCAAGCACUUCAAGUAAAAAAAGGACAAUUAAAUUUAAAAAACCAUAAAAAACUUAAUUUAUUGAAUAAAAACAAAAUUUAAAUGUUUCAAUUCCUGAAGAGUUUUAAACAAAUAAGGACCUAGUAUUUUCUUUAUAAAGUUCCAAUUCUUUGAGAGAUUCCUUUUUAAGUAGUUUAAGUAGUACUACAGAAGAGAAAAAGUUUAGAUAAGCAAAUAAAAAGGAUUAAAUAUUUUUAAAUUAUAUUAGAAAUAUUAAAUGA